GAACUACCUGUGUCGAAAAAAAAGAGCGAAAUUUCAGAAGAAAUUCUUGAAAAUUCGUUUCGAUGGAUUUUCGAUAAAAGGGAAGAUUUUUUUUUUUUUGUAAACGAAAUUACUCCGGACAUAAGAAGAGAGUUCGGCAAGAGGAAUCUGCUGUUAUGUACACACAUGCGGAAAUAGUAAUUGAAGAUCACACACAUAACUGCGUGACACAUUGGAUCCAUGUAACAGGAUUUCUAACCUACUAUUUGGCCAGUUUGAAAUCUAGUUUCGUCAAGGAAUUUGCGGCGCGCGAACAAUUCUAUCGCAGAGACUUUCCUGCUGAUGUCAACGAAUUCAAGACGAUUGGCGCAACUUGUCUCCGCUUGUCUCAUUCUUCCUUCCCGAAUAGACCCGAACGAAAACGAGCACUGUUGAAGAAUAAAAGGAAGGAAAGAGACAGAAAGGGAGUUGUUGAAGAAUGGCGUUCGCAUGGCGCAUGGCGAAUCCUGAUGAGAACAGUCUACGUUUUAGCCGAUCAACGACUUCCUCAGGGACGAUAUCGAGAUAGGCAAGACCAUAAAUAACGUGCGUGGACGCCGUUGACUGGUACAUGCCAAAGGAACCGGUUUGACCCGAUCAGAGAUCGUUACAUUUAUACAUAGAGGCUACUUCUGAACAAACGGAAAGUCGCAAGGUGAAAGUAAAACUCGCCUUAGAAAAUACACGAGAGAGCGAAUGAACACUGUUAAGAAGCUCGUCUCCUUCGCCGCGCUUGACAAUCUUUUCGUAAACGCAGUUUACGAGGAUUGAUCAAGAAAUCAUGGUUUCGUUAACGCUCUUCGUCGUCAAACAUGCCAAUGUCAUCACGCACAGCGUGGUGCGUCAACUAACCUAAUUUGCGGUCGCGACCUCGGACUCUGUUAUCAUCGACGACGCGACAGUGUAGUUGGGUGGAACGAUGUGUUCUUCGGUGAACGUGAAUCUCUUCACGAUGGCUCCUAUAGAUAGGUGGGACAAUGCCUGUAGAUUGUGUUCGGAGGAAAAGAACGAGAUGUUGCCCAUUUUUGGUGAUGAAGGCAUGCAACGCAGAGUGGUGCACAAACUGCGCGCCUGUUUGCCAGUAUUAGUUUAUAAAACUGAUCCGUUGCCCAAGCAGAUUUGCCAGUUUUGCGCAGCUAGGCUGGACGAUGCUUAUCAAUUUAGAGAGUAUUGCCUGAAUAUCUACAGGAGUAUGCAGGCUGUAUUGCUGAGGUACAAGAAGAUUGAAUCUGUACAGACUUUUUUCAACGCAAUGAAGAACUCACCGGAUCCAUGUCAGUCACAGCUUUGCAAGGAGAAGUCAAGAGCUCCACCUCCAUUAGUUCCUUUAUCAAUUGCCAUGUCUCUUGAUGAGUCAGUGAAUUCUGUAAACCAAAUUACUCAACAUCAACUUCAAAGCACUGGCAUGGAAGCCCUGUCUGAACUACCAUGUGAGGUAGAGAUCAAGGAGAUGAAUGCAGAUACAAUUUUGAAUACUGAAACUGCUGUUUAUGAACCACCGCAUAAAAAACUCAAAUACUUAGAAAUACUUGACAUAGGUUUACAACCAAAAACAGAGACUGUUUCUAUGUCUGAUGCAGAAGAAGAAACAGUUUCCAAGGCAGAACAUUCGACAAAAAAAGAAGAGAAGCGGACUAGUAUUUUGGAACAAGUAUUGACUGGUAAUUUAACAAUGAAUAAUCAUCAGAAACUGCAACCUAAAGCAAAAUUAACAUCUGAAUGGUGGUGCUCACCUUGCAACAAUUAUUACAAAACGAAAGACAGUCUAAUGAAACACAUGCAAUUAGACUGUCCACGUAUAUAUACUUGUAGAAAAUGUUCUUUAUCUUUUGAUUCCGUCGAAGUUUUGGCGAAGCAUGAAGCUAGUAAUCAUUUACAAGUCAAAGUAGAUUUUGUUGGCAACUUGAAAGAUUGUCAUCAGUGCGACCGACAAUUUGCGAGUUGGGAAAUGUUAAGACAGCAUAGAUUACGAGAUCAUAUCGCCGAAUUAACCGAGAUUGGAACUAACACGUGGUGUUCACUGUGCAAUAGAUUCUUUCCUACUAUAGAGAGUUAUAAAAGUCACAAGCAAUUACAUCAAACCAAUGAAAAUUUAGUCCCGCAAAAACUGCAAUCCGCAGAAUCUGCAUUUUCAUCAACAUCAAAGAUAGCGGAUAAUCCGAAAGAAGGUAAAAGAGAAGAACACUUCUAUGAAAGUGUGAAGUCUCUUACAUGUCCCACCUGUGGAAAGGUUUGCACUCAGCAAAGUGCGUUGUCAAAUCAUAUGCGCACUCACGAGCCAAAAAGACAUAAAUGCGAGAUUUGUGGCCGGACAUUUGGACUUUUUAUACGCUUAGCGGCUCACAGAAUGGCCGAGCAUAAUCAGCAGCCGACAAUGUCGGCAAUCGAGCAAGAAGAAGCAUUAAAUGCGGAAAGGGAAGCGAGAGAAGCUCGGAAUCGUGGUAUCAAGAAUAAAUCCUACGAGCUAAUGGAGAAGAACGAUAUUUUGGCGGAAGACGAGUCUUCAAAGCGUAAUUCUAAGAACGUAGCAAGAUGUGGCAUUUGUCUACAGUGGUUCAGCGAUCACACGACAAUGUUAACGCAUCUUCAGACACACUCGGAUACUUAUUCCCAUAAGAGUUUUUCUUGUCAUGUAUGUAAAAAGUCAUUUAAGGAUCAUAGCACGCUGUUAAGACACGAAGCAAGUCACAAUAAACGUCCAUCUCUCGAUUAUGUUCCACUGUACACAUCUAAUGUCGGAAACAAAUUGCUUACGGAGAAAACUCAUCAAACGGCACACACGGUGGAUAAGACUUAUCAUUGCGCAAAGUGUAAUAAAAUCUUUUUCAAAGAAAUGUCAUUCCUUGCUCAUCAAUGUACAGGUGAACCACCUCAUGCAAAUGUAGCCACUGCCAAACCUGUACAGAAGACGUCGUCUCACAGUAAUAAUAAGAAAUACAAGUGUUCCAAAUGUGAGGCGUCAUUCUUAACUUCGCAGUCCCGUAAUGCUCAUAUGAGAAUACACGUCGACAACUCGCACGGCAAUACGGCACAGAUACCGGAGAUAAAGUUUGAAACAGACGAUCAAGAAAUGCCAAAAUUGUGUCCGGAAACAUUAGCGGAGUACAAUGUGACCCCUAUUGAGCCAAAAAUUGAAAUUAACGAGCAAAGUACACCUCCGCCUCUUAAACGAACUUUAAUUAAAACCGCUAGCGGAUAUCGAUGCGGUGUGUGUCAAUCACCAUUCGUGUCUAGGGAGUUAGCAGUAGCACAUUUGAGGUCUGCACAUCCCGUGAUACCGUAUCAGUGCCCUUAUUGUAAAAAACGCUUCACGACGCAGUACAUUUUUACCCAUCACAUUAAAACGGAACAUCCCGACGAACCCGAGAAAUAGAGAUCGUUCGAAACUUUGAGUUGGAGUCGAUAGGACGAAAUUUAUAUCACAAUAUGUGCCUCGUAUUUACUGUACCAUGAGAAUAUUAAAAAAAAACACACAAAAAACAAAAAAAAAAAA